UUGCUUGGCUAGUGUCGCGAUUCUCCGAUCCAUCUAUAACUCGUUCCGCCUAAAUUAUUAUAAUCCAAAGGUUGUAAUAACCAACUGCGCAAGCGCGGCAAUUGUUGGCCCUUUUCGGUGGUUUUCCUUUUGAUAUUUGAUGUAUCACCAGUUCAAAGGAAAUAUAGUCGACUCUGGACGUAUUCGACCCAUCAUCAGUUUACCGGACAAAAAACUCGGGACUUCGUUUUUGGUUCGAGCGUUGCGGUGUGAUCGACCCUUCCGAGGUGACAAACUGAACUGCAAUAAAUACAAAAUAUCAUCAAACAAACCAGGAAUCCAGGAAACCAGGAAACCAGGAUGCCACCACCCUCAGAAGCCAGAGCGAACGCCCGUGCUUCGAAAUCAUCGGCAUUUGGACGUGGUGACGCCGGUGCCAGUGCUUGCGCACGUCAUUGCGAUGGACGGUGUUACACUGAGACCAACACAUCAACAAACUACAACAAACAGACAAACUCGCCACGCUAACCAACACUCAGAAUGUCAGAUCCCUCACACGCCAACGCCAGCGCCGACGCUUCGGGGUCGUCGUCGUCAGGAAGUGGUGACGCCAGCGCCAAUGCUAGCGCAAGUUAUUGCGAUGGACAGUGCCACACUGAAACCAGUACAUCCACAAGCACGUCGGGAGAUGCGAAUGCGACAGCCUCAGCUAACGCAACUUGCGACUCUAACACCGGAUCCGUAUCCGCAGAUGCGAAUGCGAGUGUUAAUACAGGAGGUCGAUAAACCGUUCUACGUAUUUUUGUUUUGUUUUUUAUUGUAUUAGGUC